ACAAUACAAUAGUAACAGACGAAAGAAACAAAGGUGCAGUCGAUAGAAGUAUAUCCGAAAGAAGGACUAUCAGGCAACAAUGUCGUCUGCACAACGAGCAUUCGCUUCCAAGUUGACCAAACACAAUUCUUCAGAUAUCCGUAAGAACGUGGCGAACUACCAACUACUAUCGAAAAGCGACAGCAGCUCUGUAUGCUCGUCUUCGAUAUCACUGUGCGAUCUCGUUGAACCGAUCGAUUAUGAGGAGUUUCUGGCACAGCAUAGUAACCUCUUGCAGAAAGAUCACCUCCGAUCGAUCCUGGACUUUCCUUCCGGAGAUGUGCAAGUGAGGAUAGUGCCGCGUAAAAUACGUACCAUCGAACAUGUUAUUCCGAAGGAACCCUUGGAGGAAUUACCCCUAUACGUGCAGCACUGUGUCGAUUGCUUCACAAGGCCUUGGAAGGUGGUAGAGUUCUCGGCACGGCAUCACUCUAGCUCGUGUAGUACUCGUGAGCGAAAGGAAAAGGGUGCGCUAAGUCCCACUUCGUACCAACAGGAGUUUGAAAUAGACCGAGAUUUUAGUAAUUUGGUAUCGUUAGAUGAAUCGGUUACCUCCACUACUUUGUACGCCAGCGAAAGCUGCACCCCUAGUAGUCGUCAGUCGAUUGCAAGCCUUUCGUCUGUGUCAACCUGUACCGAUACGCUGACCCCACGUGGAUCAUGGGCAUCGUUUGAUCUGCGCAGCUCGGUCAAUGACCCGCUGAUUACCGGUGUUUUGGAACGGGUACCACCGGAAAGCGUUGACCAGAGCAAUGAGAGCAAACGGCAGGAGGAACGACAACAGGCCUUAUUUGAUUUGUACGCGGAUGGCGAAAUAGAGGAAUCGAUUGAAAAACGAAUGCCAGCAGAGAUGCCGAUGGAACAUUUGGGUAAUCGAAUCCAUGUGAAAUGUCUUCACCUGAAGCUGGAACUGGAAGUAGAGCCUAUCUUUGCUUCAAUGGCUAUAUACGAUGCUAAAGAGAAGAAAAAACUGUCCGAAAACUUCUACUUUGACAUGAACCCAGAGUCAUUGCGACGUAUGUUGGUGAACCAUGUACCUUUUGCUGAUAUCAGCACACAGGCUCGCGAAGCAAUCUUCGAUAUUACGAAUCCAAGCAAUGAACUCUAUCUCGUAAUCCGGCUGGAAAAAGUGCUGCAAGGAGAUAUCAAAGACUCGGUGGAACCAUAUUUGAAGGAGGAUAAAGAUAAAUAUAAAGAUAAAGCAAAAUCGAAUGCAGCCGACUACUGCGAACGGCUUGGAAAGUACCGAAUGCCUUUCGCCUGGACCGGUAUCUAUUUGACUAGCAUCUUCAAUGGAGAUGGCAUGGAAAAGGAUGAUCGCGAAAGCAUUGGUUCGGCAUCGAGCUCGAAUAGCUUGGAUCGUAAAUCGUCCACCAGCAGCUUUGACCAGUUCCGGAAAAGGGCCAGUGACAUGGGGACGCUUACAAGGCGCGGAUCAUUGGAGAGAAAGAUGGAAAAGCGUCGUUCAUGGUCACCGGAUGAUUUUGCUAACAGCAUUGAAACUUUUCGUCCUAUCACGAUCACCGUGGCGAGCUUUUUCAAGCAAGAGUCAGAUAAAAUGAAGGACGAGGAAUUGUAUAAGUUUUUACCGGAAUUGAAACGACCGGCCGCACUGAUGAAGAAGCACAAAUGUAUACCGGGUUCGAUAAAAGUGGAGAUAGCUCCGGCACCGGAAGAGCUAAAAUAUGCGUUGACACCAGAGUUGGCAAAAAUCGAACCAUAUCCCGAUGAUCACUCUCGUCCAGUGAAGGAAAUUUUAGAAUUCCCAUCAACACCGGUACUGAAUCCUCAUUACGCUUAUCGUAAUUUACUUUUUGUCUCCACGAAGGAGCUAAACUUCUCAACACGUGCCGGUUCGGCUCGUAACAUAGCCGUGCGCGUACAGCUAAUGGGCGGUGAAAAGCAAUCCGAUGCGCUUCCCGCUAUAUUCGGAAAGAGCUCCUGCUCGGAGUACAGUACGGAGGCUUACAGUGCUGUUAACUACCACAACAAACAGCCAACGUUUUACGAUGAGAUUAAAAUUGAAUUACCGGCGAAUUUGAAACAAAACCAUCACAUUCUUUUCACGCUGUUCCACGUUUCCUGUCAGAAGAAACCGCAGGAAGUGCAAACCACCGUUGAAACACCAGUAGGAUACACAUGGCUGCCGGUGCUAAAGGAUGGUGGUCAUUUAAACGUGGGAGAGUUUAAUUUGCCUGUAAUGGUUGAAGAACCACCGAAUAACUAUUCCUUCAUACCGCCUGACGUACAACUGCCUGGCACCAAGUGGUUGGACAACCACCGACAAGUAUUCUCCGUUACAAUCGAUGCCGUUACAUCCGUUCACGCACUGGAUGAUUAUUUGGAUAAAUUUGUCUACCUUUGUGAAUGUUUGGAUAUGCGCAAAGUUCCACCUCGAAUCGGUGAAGGAAACAUGGAAAAGGAGUUUAAGAAAACGUUGCAGGAAUUACAAAGUGCCGACCAAGAACAAUUAGUGAAGAAUCUGCAAGUAAUAUUGGAUAAGCUGAUCGAAUUGCUGGUAACAAGCUAUAGGAUUGGCGGGGAAGCAUUGUCCCUCGGUCAAACAGUAUUUGAAACUAUCUGCCAGAUAUCGGACAAGAUAUUCUUCCUCCAGCCUGAAGAACGGUACGGCCGACAAAACAUACUUAGCACUUACAUCCAAUUCCAAUGCAAAAUUCCUCAUCCGAUGGAUCCGAAGUGUAAACUGGAAAUGAAUCGUAGCACAAGCAAUUCCGAUUUGAUGGCACUUACGGAUCUUAAUGCAAGUCGUACCGUUGAUCGUGCGCUGAGUAUGCGAUCGGAUGGUUGUUCUCCAGGAUCGGGAGUGAAAGAUGGAUUGGUUCGACUGUUGCACGAAGAAAUCGCUUUAAACUGGGUAGUAGCCAGUGGUUCUGCAGGCGAGCUAUCCAUGACCAAUUCCUGGAUGUUGUUUGAACUGAUCGUGAAAAGUAUGGUGGAACAUUUGGAGCUUACGAAUGCAUUGAAUUCUCCACGUAAAAGUCGCUUCCCGCAUCAGUACACGGACGAUAUUGCCACACUGGUGCAUCUGGUUACAACCAAAGUAGUUGGCUAUAAUAGUAGCGAUCCCAAACUCGCUCAAUCGAUAAACUCCAGCUUAGCUUUCUUCAUUUUCGAUCUGUUAAGCAUCAUGGAUCGGGGCUUCGUGUACGGAUUGAUCAAGACGUACUAUAAGGUGAUCAUGACUAAAAGCUCAUCUACUCCGGACAUGAUUCACUAUAAGCUGGACUUUUUGCGAAUCGUUUGUAGCCAUGAGCACUUUGUGGCGUUAAAUCUUCCCUUUGGUACUCCGUAUACGGUUCUUUCUGCACCGUGCAGUCCUACUCCAAGCGUCACAUCGAACAACAGUCAAAAUUCGUACAUAAGCGCCAUGACUGGUAACGAUCGCGCGCUGUACGCUGAUUUGAGCGUCGAAUUUCGACAGCAACAUUUUCUGGUAGGUUUAGUUCUGCAAGAACUCUCCAAUGUGCUGGACAUUUCAAACACACAACUUCAUGGGAAAGCAAUACGUUGUCUGAGAAAUCUCCUCACUUCACAUGAUCUGGAUCCGCGCUAUAGCGAGGUGGAAGCAAGAGCACGCGUUGCCGCCCUCUAUCUUCCCUUGCUGGGAAUUGUGAUGGACGUCAUACCACAAUUGCAUACUCCCGUGUCACAAUCGCACGAUCGUUUGAACACGAUUGGGCAGCUGGACGAUUACCAAGGUCCGGCAGCUUCUGUCCCGGCGACUAGUACGAUCAGUCCGGAGGUAGCAUUUGCCAUCUCUGGAAUCCGUCGUUACAGCUACGUUUCGGAAGCACCUAAACCAAAAACGGUACUAACAAAUGAUACCCGCAACUUGCUGGCCUGUUUUUUGUGGGUAUUGAAGAAUCUAGAACCAACCACUCUGAUCAAGUACACGAUGGGUUUAAGCCCGCAUCGUGUUCAUCAAAUGCUACAGGUGCUGAAUAUUUGUAUACCAAACUUUGAGUAUCGUGGUAAGAAGCAACCCACCAGCACAUCCAAACGAAACACUUCGAGCUUCCGCAAAACACCCGAUAUGCGCGAAAAAUUGGAAGAAUUUAUUCGUGGCACGGGAUCGGCUAGAAACGAUCUCAUCAACCGCCGUAAAGACGGGCGAAACUCGACGGAGAAGCUUCGCUGGAAGAAGGACCAAAUUCGAACACAGUUUUACGACAGCAACAUUAAGAACGAGGCGGAGUUGGAGAUAAGCAAUUUCAUCGAAGGAUCUCUGGCGACCGAAGUGUGUUUAACUAUUCUGGACACAUUGGAAAUGAUCGUACAGGUAGCGUCCUCUUCUGAAAUGCACCACAAUCUCCUGGGGACGGUACUGAAAGUGUUGCUGCAUGCACUGUCCCGCAAUCAGAGCACGUUGGCGCUGCAAAAUCUAUUUGCUUCCCAGCGCUCACUGGUAUUCAAGUACCAUAAUCUGCUGUUUGACGAAGAAACAGAUAACUGUGCGGAUCUUUGUUUGCUGCUGCUGAAACAUUGUGGUUCUCAACUGCCUACCGUGCGAUCGCAAGCAGCGGCAUCUUUAUACUUGCUUAUGCGUCAAAAUUUUGAAAUUGGAAAUAACUUUGCUCGUGUUAAAAUGCAGGUUACAAUGUCACUAAGCUCACUUGUGGGCACCAGCUCAUCGUUUAGCGAGCAGUCCUUGCGACGUGCAUUGAAAACGAUUCUCGUCUACGCGGAAUCUGACACAGAUCUACAGGAGACAUCUUUUCCCGAGCAGGUGCAGGAUUUGCUGUUUAACUUACACAUGAUUCUUUCUGACACUGUUAAAAUGAAGGAAUAUCAAGAGGAUCCUGAAAUGUUGCUCGAUCUCAUGAACCGUAUUGCAAAGGGAUACCAAAAUUCUCCAGAUCUUCGCCUCACGUGGCUUGAAAACAUGGCGAAGAAGCACACGGAGCGUGCAAAUCACACGGAAGCGGCAAUGUGUUACGUGCACAGUGCCGCUCUUGUAGCUGAGUAUCUUAGUAUGCUGGAAUCUCAAACUCAUCUACCGGUUGGUGCCGUCUCGUUCAAGCAUAUUUCCCCGAAUGCCCUAAUGGAAUCAGCCGUUUCGGACGAUGUUGUAAGCCCCGGAGAAGAUGGAAUAUGUCUCGGUAACAGCUUCACCGAGGGAGGCCUAAAGCUACUGCUCGAUCAUGCGGCCAGCGCAUUCCAGGCCGCCGGCAUGUAUGAAGCAAUGAACGAUGUCUACAAGGUGUUGAUACCGAUUUGUGAAGCCAAUAGAGAUUUUCGCAAAUUAGCCCAAGUGCAUGGCAAACUGUUGGAAGCCUUCAAUCGCAUUGCUCAGUUGCAGGGAAAGCGCGUGUUCGGCACGUACUUCCGCGUAGGUUUCUAUGGCGCAAAGUUUGGCGAUCUCGAUCAGCAAGAAUUCAUUUAUAAAGAACCGACACUCACAAAACUGCCGGAGAUUUUCAGUCGAUUGCAAAAUUUUUACGCCGAUAGGUUUGGCCCUGACGUGGUUCAAAUCAUUAAGGAUUCGAAUGCAGUUGAAGUCGCGAGCCUGGACUCUGAAAAGGCCUACAUACAAAUUACGUACGUGGAACCUUACUUUGAAACAUACGAACUGCGCUACAGGGAAACGUAUUUUGAACGCAACUUUAACAUAAAACGUUUCAUAUUUGCUACACCGUUCACGAAAUCCGGAAAAGCACACGGCGAUUUGCAUGAGCAGUGUAAACGCAAAACUAUUCUAACCACCGCAAACCACUUCCCGUAUGUUAAAACACGCAUACAAGUAGUGCAUCGGCAUCAAAUCGUGCUGGAACCCAUCGAGGUGGCUAUCGAAGAUAUACAGAAAAAGACUGCCGAGCUCGCAGCCGCUACGAAUCAGGAACCGGCGGAUCCAAAAAUAUUACAAAUGGUGCUUCAGGGCUGCAUCGGUACCACCGUGAAUCAGGGCCCAAUGGAAAUGGCUCUCGUGUUUUUGUCGAACAUCGCUAAUGGUAACACGAUUCCGACUAAACAUCAGAAUAAGUUGCGACUUUGUUUCAAGGAUUUCUCUAAAAAAUGUGCCGAUGCGCUGAAAAAGAAUCGUAAUCUUAUUCUAUCCGACCAAAAGGAUUACCAAAAGGAACUGGAGCGAAAUUAUCAGGUAUUUACAGAGCGACUGGCUCCAUUGAUUACUAUUAGUCCAUCUCAGGCCCAGGGAUUGGUAGCGGUGAAGAACGACCUACACAAUAAUAACCGAUUGACCUGUUCCCUUCGAUUCUAAGAUUUUUUUUAAGCAGUUUACGAUCAUCCAUGGCAUUACAACGCUCUCUUUUAUUUUUGUGUUCAUUAUAUUUCAUUGGUAAUUAUGUAUCAAUGUAUGAAUAUCGAUCAUUUCAAUAUGGUAAUAGUUAUAUAUCAACAGUAGAAUACCAAAAACGUAUCAUCACUUUUUCAUCAAAGUGGAAUUUUGGUAGAGUUCCAUCUGGCAUAAUUAAAUUAUUCUCAGCUGUGUUGGCAUUAAGUUUUUGGGUGUAAUAAUAUAGAUUCACAGCGCAGUGGCAUAAAGUGAAACAUUAUGCGAAUAACGGCUCUCUACAGAUUUAAAUAAUUUACCUUUAAUACCAUCAAAGAAUUAAUUUCUUACCAUUAAUAUACACUUGAAUAUUGGUUUUUAAUUUGUAUUAAAAUCAAAAAAGCACAUAAAAGCGCUUGUGUGCAAUCACAAACAUUUGAUUUAUUAUCGCUCUGUGUUUCUGAUCAAUCAGUGCCAAAGAUUUAUUACAU